AUGAGUUUAACUAAAACAUUAAUUACCGCAUCCGCUACCUCUUCCAACUCUUCACGUUCUGGUUUACUGGUUUCGGCCGAGACAAGUCGAGGUAGUGGUGGCGUGAAAUCAAAUGGUAUUUCGUCGAAUAUGACAAAUACAAGUGCAACUAAAUCUUCAGGAUCAGAGAAUGAAGACACUUGCCCAGUCUGUAAAAAUUCUCGAUAUCUAUCGCCGAACAUGGUUUUAUAUGUGAGCGAGUGUUACCAUAAAAUGUGUGAGGGGUGUGUAAAUCGAACAUUUGCAAAUGGAGCACCAACUUGUCUUCAAUGUGGUAGAGCAGUAAAGCGGAUAAAUUUCAAAUUACCUACAUUCGGAGAUUUACUGGUUGAGAAAGAAGUAACUCAGAGAAAAUGGGUUGCUUCACAAAUUUUAAAAAGAAGAGAAGAUUUUGAUACCUUACGUGAUUUUAAUGAUUAUGAAGAAAUUAUCGAAGAUUUUGCUCUCGCAGAAGAGCAUCAACUUAAGUUAGCUCAAAAAAAUGAUGCGAUUGAUAUACUGGCCACAUUUAAGGGAGAUGUUAAAGCAUUAUUAGCAGAGCAGAAAGCUGCUAAUGAUCGACGGAAAUUGCUUAGUAACUCCCCGUCAUUACAAAUACCGAUUCUUCAAUCGAUAGAUAGUGGCGUCGGGGUUUAUAGCAAUGAACAAGAAGUCACGGAUGAUUUUCCAAUGGAACUCGACCCUAUAAAUUCACCUUAUGAAGAUGUUCGCCUAUACACACACAAAGAAAAAUAUAGUGACACGUAUACGGAGAUCAAUGAUAAGCUUAAAGCUGGUGGCUUUUCAAUAAAAUUUGUACACGAGCGUGCACUUCAAGCCGCUUUUUCUGGCUUAUUUUUGGCUCCUUUAACAGUGAAAGAUGAGGAUGGGGACGUGUUAAUGUCAUAA